CACUGAAUAUAGAAAUAAAGCGGCAGAAAAAUUGCGACAGGUUUGUAAAUCGCUGCGAGUCUCCUUAGCCGCGAGGUUUAUUUAAUCCUAUCAACUCCCUGUCUGUGAUACAAAAUGUGUACAGCGUUUGCUAGCGCCUUUUCGCUUCUAGUUGUAAUUUUAGUGUUUGACUCGACGGAAUGCCAAAGUUUAACCGCCGAAAAUAUUAAGUAUGUCGUCUCCCAGGACAAACAAAAUUGGAUUCAAGCUCUGAUCAAUUGCAAAAGUAGCGGCAUGGAACUCGCCACUGUCAACUCGGAAGAAGAACAUCUCGCUAUGGAGAAGUUUCUAAAGGACAGUGGACACGACCUGGGUUAUUGGCUGGGCGGCACCAAGUUAGGCGACGGUACCUAUUACUGGGCGCCGACCGGCGCCAAAGUCGUUUUCACCAAGUGGUUCGUGGGUCAGCCGGAUAACGGGGGGCUGGAUCUGCCACCCGAAGACUGUAUUCAAUGGGGGAUGCCUUCGUACAGUCCUAAACCGACUGGCUGGAACGACCUGAACUGCAAUCGAAGCAUUCAGUACAUUUGUCAAACUGUUGAUUAUUGUUACGCACCGAACGUUGUUUAAGCCGUAUACCAAAGCUAACAGUAAAAUAAUAUAUUUUUAUUUGGUUACCAAAGCUUUUGAAUUAUUCUCCUAUAUGCGUCACGGCAGAGAGGAGAGAAUCUGGCAACAUUUUGUAGAAGGAAAAGGUCCUAAGAGUUGUCUCGAACAGUUAAUUUUUUCUAAGAAAAUCAAUAGAAAAAUUCAACAAAUUACUUUUACAUAAUAUAAUUACUUGGAUAUUGAUUUACUUGAGUUUAAUCUUAUAAAAUAGGUAAAAAUUAUGUUGCUGACCUACUGGGAUAAAGUUCCAUAAAAACUGAUAUAUCCUUAAUAGUCAUCGUUACUUUAAUGGAAUGUAUAUUAUAUUAUAUUAUAUUAUAUA